AUGGCGGCCCCUCCAUACGAGUUGGUUCUUGGCAAGAUCAAACCCUACAUCAUCCUCGACGACCCAAAACAUGUGCACUGCGGCGCUCAAGACCCGAUACGCGGCCGAGUGCGGCUGGUCUACUCGUCAAGCUCGCAUGUCGCCUCGGACGUGGGCCUGUCCGCACCGUGCAAGAUUGUCCUUACGCUCCAGGGCAAUCUCAAGGUCGAGAUAGGGCCCAGCAAGAAGCAAGGGGGAGGCGGACUGCAGAACUACUACACAAUUAGCAUGGCGCGGAUGUUUGCGCAGCCGCACGUAGUGUUUGACGAUCUGCUGCCGAGCCUGCGCAAAGAGUACAACCACGGCAUGGCGGCAGAUAUGUCGAGGAGCUUUGACUUUUCAGUGGCCUUCCCCGACCGCAUCCUAGAUGCCGAUUGUUUCGAUAGGAAAUGGGGCGAUGGCAAGAACCACAAGAAGGAAAAGGAGAGCAUUGUCGGCGCCACACGCGACGAGGACAAAUACGAUAUGGACCCCUUGCAACCGCUCCCACCGUCCAUGAUGGUCCGUAAGGCUCUCAAUUUCGACGUUCCAGGCGAGUUAUCGGUGCAGUAUACCCUGACAGCGCGGGUCGAAAUGCCGGGAACCUCGGUUGCUACACUGAUCGAUUCUGUUCCAAUAAUCUUCGACCGGCCACUGGACGCCGGAGCAGCCGCCACGGGCGUGCCGGCAUCGUCAUCAGAAGUCCAGAAGAGGUUUGGACACUUCGCCUUCCAGGCUCCAGGUUUGGGAGCAGGCAUAAAGAACACCCUGUUAGCAAGGACAUCUUCCAUAUUUCGAAAUGGCUCGUCGUCUAAUAGGCCUCCUUUGCACGACCAAGACUAUCUGCUCAGCUGGCAGCUGACUUGUCCAACUGAAGUACACCGUGGCCGGCCACUGGACAUACAACUUCAAAUCCUGCCAGGCCACCAGGAAAUUGAUUCGGAAGCGACUCCACACGCAAUGCCGCCUGUGAUCGGGCUGGAGAAGGUGAUUGUAGACAUGGAGAUACUCGUCCACGGGCAAGGCGAGGUUGAUGAACGCCGGGUCCUCCCAGGAGGCAAGUCACGGCCCGGGCAACAGUACGCGGGGAGAGGGGUGGUCGUUGAAGAAACCCUUUCCGCGCAAGAGAAGAGCAGAAAGGAGAAACACAGCACCCGGGCUGUUGAUGGCAACGAAGAUCAUGGUGACAGCAGCAGUACCAGCGGCGGCAUAGGGCUGCUGCAUGCUGGUAAUGGCUGGGCCCGGGUCAUCUCGCUGCCACGCAUCACAGAGGGUCUGUGCAGCUCUUUCAGGACAGUGUGCAUCCGGCGCGCCUACUUUGUCAAUGUGCGGUGCCGCGUUCAGCUUCCCACGUCUCGCCAGAAGGUGACUUUCCAGCACAGCUUCCCCAUCACUGUGCUCCCGCCACUUCCACCAGAUACCACGGGACUUUCAAUGUCAGAACUGGCAGGCUACAAGCCUGGGUGGGAGCUUGGUGCUGGCCAAUCUCUGCGGCCAACAGCAGAAAUUGACUCUGCCACGCUGUCGGAGCUAGAGGGCAAGAAGGAUCUCAAAUCCGAUGACCGACCAGCUGGAGAUCAGGGCGGGCGACCGGUAGAACUUGAAGCUCGACCACUAGCCAUGCCUCCGGAAGAACAGCAUUCGGAAGCCCCCCCCCUCCCCUCAUACAGCCAUUGAACUCGAAAGACAGGGAACGAGAAUAGCCUGUGUUCGGGGUCAUCACCUUAGUAGAACAAUUUAGCAUCACUGCACGCGUCAAACGAGUAAUGCUGUGCAGGUGCUCAAGUAGCGCGCUUGUAC